GCUUUGGUUAACUCCAUUAAAAUAAGAACAACAACUCAUUCUGGUUCCGUUCGGAUCUUGUGCAAUCUGACUGGUUCACCAAACAUACGAAAGGAGCAGCUUGAACAAGUCCGUCGAAGCCGGCUAUCCCACCACGAUGGGUGCCAUUAUCUCUCAAAGCAUGACAUAUAAGGAGUUCAACAUACCUUUCCGGCGGUCUAUCUCACUUGUAGCCAUUCUAUUCUCGAGAGCAACCGUCUCUCUUGACUUAUUGAUCAGCCAUGCGCAGCCACGCCUUCAAUCCCAUCAAAGACAUUCCAUCCUUGGCUGGUAAGGUCAUCCUCAUCACAGGCGGGAACGCCGGCCUUGGAAAGCAGAACGCCCUCGACCUCUCUAAGCACAGUCCCGCGCAACUGUGGAUUGCUGCGCGAAAUAUCCAGUCAGGAAACGAUGCCGUAGCCGAGAUCAAAACCGUUGCUUCGCCACAGACCGCCGUUAAGCUCCUCGAAAUGGAUCUUACCUCCUUCGCUUCGAUCAAGAACGCUGCGAGAAAGUUCAGUGCGGAGGUGGGGAGGCUAGAUAUCUUGCUGCUGAACGCAGGGAUAAUGGGAGGGGUGGCCAGAGUGACGAAGGAGGGUUACGAAAAUGUGUUCGGCACCAACCACAUGGGCCACGCCCUGCUGUUGAAGUUGCUUACACCCCUCCUACUCAAAGCUGCCGAGCAGCCCAUCGGAAUCGAACCUCGCGUCGUCAUACUCUCCUCUAGAGGCCACAAAUCCUAUCCACUCCCACCCAGCGGCAUCGAGCUAGCGACGAUCAAAUCCCCGCAAAGCAAUCUCUCCGGUGUCUCCAAGUACUGCCAAUCCAAGCUUGCGAACGCCGUGUAUGCUGCGCCCGUCGCAAAACGUUACCCACAGUUUACAACCGUGGCGAUCUAUCCCGGUGAUGCCAAUACGGGUUUGUUUUCCAAGGGCUCACAUGGAGGUGGUUGGAUGAUUACACUAUUGGCAUGGGUCGUUGCACCUCUUGUAGCCAUGCCCGUUAAGGAGGUCGCGAAGAACAGCGAAUGGGCUGCGACAGCCGAGGGAGUGGAGAGUGGGGCGUAUUAUGAUCCCGUUGGAAAGAAGGAGGGCGAGAGUCAGCUGGUCAGAGAUGGGAAGCUCGGCGAGCAGCUGUGGGAAUGGACCCAGAAGGAGUUGAAAGGACAUGAAAUCUAAGUAUUAGCUUGAUCCGCGUUGAAGGGUCGUGGGAGAAUGUUUGGUGUAUUGUCCUUCGGGGUUGAUUGAAGUAGUCUCUUAAAGCGUCUGUUCGCGUACUGUGUAACGUCCUGAUGGGUUGCUUCGGAUAAUGGAACUGAAGCAGGCAGAGGCCUAACCGUUGUGUGGGUAUUGGGUAGUUUCUCAGGGCGUGUAAUGAAAAGGAUGUCCUCUUUGUCAGUACCCAUAUACUUCAGGUUCUUUUCCUGAGGCUCUCGCGAGAGUUCAUGUUGGUUCUGGUGACGAUCGGUCCAGGGUUUCUGUGAACACGCCUGGGCGAAGUCAUCAAAGGUAGGUUUAAUACCUCGGUGAGAGAUAACCUUCUCGAAACUCCAUCAUUCCAC